AUGAUUUGUAUCGACCGCACAUUAGCAAGGAAUUGCAGGGACAAACGGGCCAGGAUAUCGGAGGGUUGUAGCAUUGAAGACGACUCACGACUGCGACUGAUGAACCUGAGAAGUCAUGGGCACUUGCCAACACCACUUGCAACUUGCUGUAAAGUGGUCGAGAAAUCCGAUGUCUUCAGAUUGCAGCAGCAUUGCCCUUUGUUACUAUAGUAGGGAUACCCUUUGUUCCCUUCGUAGCGUCGGAUCGCUCCUAGUAAGGCCAGGAGGCGCCCCUAGUCCGCCCUGUCCUGGUGGAAGUAACGAAGCAGAAAGGCAGAGACCCCACAGAAAGGCACAUGUGUGGCCAGCGAAAAAGAGGAAAACUCGAAAACGCCACCAGGCUUUGUGGUAUUUGUUUACCGCUUCGUGGCUUCGUCCAGCGUGGGUCGUCCUUGGACAGGUUUGUUAUGGGCUUCAUGUUAGCCAUCCUCACGGGUGUCCACAUGCCCGAUCGGUUUGCUUACCUUUUCUGCUUCAGCCGUCCCAAGCCACGGGGCUGGGUCUUUCUGGCUGUGAUGCUGCUCAUCGGGCCCGCUUGGGGCUCCUUGGAUCACAUCGAAGUGCUCUCGAGGAUCUCCUUCACCACCGAUUUCUUCAAAAAAAGUGUGGUGAACUGCUUGAUUGGAGUUGGUGUGGGAGCUUUCGCCGUCUUCCUCCUCGGUUGGCAUUUCUACUGUGCUUAUCGUCAUAAUCCACUCUCAGGCUUCCUCGCCUAUACCUGCAGCCGCUUGGCCAUCUGGAUAUUCUAUGCCCUUUACCUCUAUGUGGCGGCCAACACCGCGGGUGUUUAUGUCCACCUCCAUCACUACAUCAUCGGCUUCCUUUGUGCGAUCCUGGCGGAGUUCAAUCAUCCGAUCUCUCUCCUUGUGCUCGCUGGAGGCACUGGUAUCUUUGUGCAGGGCAUUUCGGCCUACGAUGCAGAUCCGGUCAUCGAACGUCUUCGGCUCUUCUUCUGACGGAGCUGCUAGGCGUGUGCUGGUCUGCUGCGCAUCGAUCGCUGGGGUGGAAA